UUGCCGAGAUGAGACAGCAGUCUCUGUCUUUGUAAUAUUUCUGUGCGUGAUGUGGACAUGAAAAUGGAUAUGCAUAUGUAUAGUACAAUAGUCGGGCUGAUGAUGACUAUGGUGGUACACGGAUCUACUGGAACGUGCCUGGAAGAUCUAAACUGGACCCCAUCCUCAUCUUACAGUAACAAGAAGUUCAGCGGAGCCGUGAAAGUCUCCCAAACUGUCAGUGGAAAAUUGGCAUGUAUUUCGUUCUGUAUCUUCAGCGGAACUAAAGUUGCCAUCGUUUACGACAAAACUGACCAGCGGUGUACUUGCCACAAUUUGCCGUUGUCGUCGUUGACGCUAGUUGACGCUCCGGGAGCUGUGGCGUUAGGGAAGACCACCCUCCCUGCAGAUGCUGUGGACACAUGGAUAGCUACUAUCAUUAAAGAAUCAUCACAUUUCAGCUCUUGGAUCAGUAGCUAUCCGGCCAGUAGCAUGAAAGGUCCCCCCGACUACUACCCCAAUUAUGGCAACACUGAGAAAGCCUGGUGCCCAAAAUCCAGAGACUCAAACCAGUAUGUGGAGCUCGGCAUAGCUGAGGCCAUCUACAUCACGGAGAUCCACAUCUAUGAGGUCUUCUGGGCUGGUGGCGUUGAGUCGGUCUCAGUCCGGGAUUCGAACUCCAACUGGAUGGUAAUCUGGAGCGCUACCACUUUGUCGAAGAUAAAGGAAAGUCGGAUUUUCGUGCCUACGUUCAUACCACCCGAUUUCAAGACGGACGCCAUCAGGAUUGACCUUGACCUUGCUACUACUGGUGAAUGGUCCGAGUUCGACGCUGUGAGAGUUAUUGGGAGCAGGACCCGGAGAAGGAUAAGCUUAGUGUAGUUCGUCGGGAGAAGUGUCAGUAUAUGGACUAAGUACUGUCGGAAAUGCUACAAAACUGCUUUUUGCCUGUUAAAAAAGGAGAUAAUUUUUCUCAGAGUGUUGUUAUUGAAAUAUCGAGUAACUACCGACCGUCCUACCUGUGGCUUGAAGUAUUUCAGUCACAAGGAUUCCUAUCGACAAGUUUACAAGAGACAAAUUCGAACGAAAACAGGAAGUUUAUUAUUAUUUUAAGUCCAAUUAUGGCAGUCUGAAACGGACUAUAGAAACAU